UCUAAUGUUUCAGACAAGAUGAGAUUCAAACUGUUUGAGAAAUCUUGCUGUAACAUUAUUGGGAUGAUUCAUGUACCAGCUUUACCAGGAACUCCAUCCAGCUUCUACAACAUGAGCGAGAUCAUGGAGAAGAUUGAGUACGAGGCCAACGUGUACAGGAACCACGGGGUGAACGGUAUUAUCCUGGAGAAUAUGCAUGAUACUCCGUACUCUAGGGGACAGGAUCUAGGUCCUGAGAUCACAGCCUGCAUGUCUGUUUUAGGAAGCAAAGUGCGAUCUAUUCUUCCCAGAAAGGUUCCUGUUGGUAUACAGAUCCUAGCUGGAGCAAACCAGGCAGCUCUAGCCGCAGCUCUGUCUGCAGAUUUACAGUUUGUCAGAGUUGAAGGCUUUGUGUUCAGCCAUGUUGCAGAUGAAGGAUGGAUUGAUAGUUGUGCUGGGGAACUGCUGAGGUUCCGCCGUAAAAUUGGAGCUGGAAGUAUAUCAAUUUUCUCAGAUAUCAAAAAGAAGCAUUGCUCUCACUCUGUUACAAGUGAUGUAGAUAUCAUUGAUACAGCAAAAGCUGCUGAUUUCUUCCGCUCCGACGGAGUAAUAAUUACUGGAACUAGCACUGGCUCUCCUGCCUCGCCCCUGGAGCUAGAACUUGUCUCCAGAGCUGUUCCAACCCUACCCGUCUUCAUAGGGAGCGGAGUCUCCGCCUCUAAUCUGCCGGAAUUUAGCUCCGCCACGGGGUUGAUCAUUGGAACCUACUUCAAGAAGGACGGAGACUGGAGGAAUGAUCUGGACGAGGGGAGGAUUGAAGAAGUGAUGUCUGAAUCUAGGAAAUAUUUAUCUUGAUGCAUUUACAGAAAA